ACCAAAUAACAUUCAGCAGCAGCUGGACUAGACUCUCAAGAAUUAACCACUGCCAAUCUCUCACAGUCAUAAUGAAACUUGUGCUGUGUUUUGGUCAUCGGUGGCGUCUCUCACUACUGCUAUGUACAGCACUGCUCACUGUGUUCCUCCUCUCAAGAUACCAAUCUCUACCCCCUCCCCUACUGACCUCCCUGGCAGUCGACCUGUCCACAGGGCAGCAAUCUAUCCCCACCAACACCACUUCUGUACGGACUACUAACUACAAGAAACGAUUCCCUCAGGCUAUUAUUAUUGGAGUACGCAAAGCUGGCACUCGUGCUCUCCUAGAUAUGCUGACACUGCAUCCGAGCGUUGUAUCACCCAAACCUGAGAUCCAUUACUUUGACAAGGAGGAAAACUACGUGCGAAGAGUCCAGUGGUACAUAGACAGUAUGCCUCGGUCCUACCCACAGCAGAUCACUAUUGAGAAGACUCCAGCUUAUUUUGUAGGCCCUCAAGUCCCUCAGCGAAUACACAGUGUCUCUCCAAAUGUUAAGCUGCUGCUCAUUGUGCGGAACCCAAUAGACAGGACUGUGUCAGACUUUGCUCAACUCAACAACAAGAGAAGAAAAACGGAAUCGCACAAACACACAACAUUUGAGAAAGCUGUUUUUAAUGGUGACCAUGUGAAUACUCUCUACAACCCAAUCUCUAUCCUAGUGGUGGAUGGUGACUCUCUCAUCACCAAUCCACUCACUCAACUCAAGAGAGCUGAGGCAUUUCUAGGCAUUGAGAGUUACUUCACUGAGAGCAUGUUCUUCUUCAACGAGACUAAAGGAUUCUAUUGCUGGCGGAAGAUUAGUAAAGAUGCUCAUUGUCUAGGUAGUGGCAAGGGCCGGGAACACCCUGAGGUGUCCCCUGAGGCAGUGCAAGCCCUCAAGCAGUUCUUCAAGCCUCACAACCAACAGUUCUAUAAUCAAUGUGGACAACCUUUCAAUUGGUAGACCCAUAGCCGCAUAAAUAAUAAUUUUUCCUCUUUAUUAUUUUAUCAUCUUAUAUAUAAAAUUACGACAUAAAAUUGAUUCGAACAUUAAUUGUUUAUUGUUUCA